AUGAGUGACGCUUACGAACGCGAGCAGCAGAACAAUGCGCUCCUCAACUCUCUCUCCACAAAAGUCUCAGCCCUCCGCUCCGUGACGAUUGACAUCCAUGACAAUGCGCGGGAUCAGGAUACACUCGACCACACGAGUGACGUAUUCUCCUCCUUCUCCACGAACCUGAAAGGCAGCGCAACUCGUCUUACCCGCAUGGCGAAGCAAGGCGAUACGGUUGCUGUACUGAAGAUCGCUGGAAUGUGUAUUGCGGCUGGCGUUGUUCUCUAUAUCAUACUCGGAUGGAUUUUCUAA